UCUUCCCCCAAAUUUCAUUCUGCUCCAACCUCGUGCCCCUCACUCCUCGCUUCUUCAUGGACGCAGCGCAAUCCUCCUGCCACUGAAACCGCGCGUCCCUAGUUUUCACUCCGCCCCACCCACCACCCACCUCCCCCAUUUUCCAUUUUCCCUCUCCCUCUCUCUCUCUCUCUCUCUCUCUCUCUCUCUCUCUCUCUCUCUCUCUCUGCGUAUCAUCAUGGCUACAACUUCUUGUCUUCCGCUCUCUCCCUCACCCGCUCUCGCCCGCAGGCCACCCACCCGCGCCCUCUGCUUCUCUCUCGGCGGUAGCUCCGCCACCACCUCGGAGGUCCUUCCGCUUUCCACCACCACACCAACAAGGGGUUUAGGGUUCAGACCUCGCCCCCUCCCUCUCAAUGUUCUCUGCUUGAGCGUUGGCAAAAGGAUCAAAAGUGCUUUCCUGUGGGUGAUAACGACUGCAAUUGUCUGUGCUCUUGUGCUUGGCAUUUUAUGUGGGCUAAUUGGAAAGGUGGACUUCACUGUUAGGCAUCUCUCUUCAUCCACAACUCUUUUUCCAAGUACAUGGGGCUUCUCGGGCAGCCAACCAUGUAUUGGAAGCGGCACACACCAGUGCUCUGUAUAUUCUGCAAGUUCUUCAUCAGAGACGACCUGGACAAUGCGGACUACCUUUCCAGAAUAUGUUGUUGCUCUUGCUACAAUUGUUGGAUCCAUAUUUUUCACUAUAUUUGGUGGUGUUGGUAUUGCCUCUCUUCCACUGGGGCUUAUAUAUUCACUCAUUCGGCGCCCAAAGGCUGUUAUCACUCGUUCAAAAUAUAUCAAGGAAGCAAUAGAAUUAGGUAAAAAAGCAAGAGAGUUGAGGAAAGUUGCCGAUGCACUCCAUCAGGAAGAAAGAAGUGGUUCUAAGGGUAGAAAAUGGCAUAAAAAUGUGAAGUCAGUGGAAAAGCCACCACCAUCCACGGCCUCAUCGUUCUUUUCUGUCAUCCAUGAUCUCAUUGUCCUUUAUCACCCUCCAUGAUCUCAUUGUCUGCUCCAU